AUGGAUCGGCUCAUUUGGCCCUCUGCGAGUCAAAGGCUCCCCAGUCUGGCCGCAGAAAUGACAAAGCUCAACGAGCUGGUGUCCGCCGUGGACGAGCCCCAGAAUGCGGAAAAGCAGUCCAAGGCCGAGCGAGCCUUUGUCGCCCGCCUCGACAUUUUCCUCCUCACAUUUGGGUGCAUUUCUCAAGUUAUCAAAUAUCUCGACCAGUCCAACAUCAACAACGCCUACGUCUCGGGCAUGAAAGAAGAUCUUCAUCUCCAGGGAAACGAGUUGAAUUUAUUUACCACCUAUUUCAACGUUGCGUACUGUAUCAUGCUGAUCCCCUCGCAAAUCAUCAUGACCCAUGUCCGCCCCAGCUGGUGGCUGCCUUCUGUCGAAAUCGUCUGGGGCGUCAUCACGGGCCUUUUUGCCAUGACGCGUAGCGCGAAGCAAGUCUAUGUCCUCCGCGCCUUUCUUGGUCUGUGUGAAAGCGCCGCCUACCCUGGCAUGAUCACCUUGUUCAUGUCUUGGUACACGCCGACAGAAAUGGCCAAGCGAAUCGGCUUCUACCAUUCCUGCCAGUCCGUGGGACAAAUGCUCUCCGGUGCGUUGCAAGCUGCCAUUAUCAACAGCCUUGGUGGCAAGUCUGGUCUGGCAGGAUGGAGGUGGCUCUUUGUCGUCAAUGCAAUCAUCACCGUUCUCUGGGGCAUCGCAGGCUAUUUCAUGAUUCCUGAUAUGCCCAACAACCCAAACCCGUGGUCUUUUUGGUUCAAAAGAGUUCAUUCCGAACUGGCUCUCAGUCGCCUCGCUCGCACAAAUCGGGUGGAUGCAAAGCCAAUAUCGUGGUCUGGUGCAAGACGUACAUUUACGAACUGGUUGGUAUACAUUAUUGCCUUUUUGUAUAUCGCCAUGGUUCUUGGUACUUCUGGUGCCGACUACUUUGGCUUGUUCCUCAAGUCCGUACGCACGAGUAAUGGCGAGCCACGCUGGACGACCACAGACGUCAACGUGAUUCCCAUCGGGGGCUCUGCGAUGACUGUCAUAUUCGUCUGGGUUUGGGCUUACAUGUCCGAUUUCUUUCGCACGCGAUGGCUCUUGAUUAUUCUGCAAGCCGUUAUCGCCAUCAUGGUUGCCAUUAUCAUGAGUAUCUGGACAACCCACCCUCACAGCACGCCAAUCUCGGCAGCUUAUGCGGCCUAUUUCAUUCAGCGCAUCGCGCUAGGAACUGCGCCUCUGAUUUGGGCAUGGCUGUCCGAUCUGUCGCCGACAGACCCUGAAGGUCGCACCCUGAUCGUCGGCGCCUCAAUCGCUGGUUAUUACUCCAUUUCAGCCUGGAGCCAGGUUCUUCUUUGGCCCGCCAGCCAGGCCCCGUACUACGACUACGGUUGGCAAUCUGCUUCUGCUCUCUGUGCGCUCGUUGUCAUUCUCUGUGUUGUUCUACGCAUCGUCGACGUUCGCUACCUUGCUCCAAAGAGGAAGUCGGAUGCGGAGAUUGCCGCAGUCGUUGCUGAAGAAAUGGACGGCCUCAAGGAUGAGGAGAAGAAGUUGGACGCUGAAUCUCACGUGAGCCAUGUACAGAGCAAUGCCACACAAAGGCGUGUCUCGCCUUCUCCGGUGCAGAAUUAA